GAGGAGCUGGAUCGGGAUCGAGAGCAGAGGAAUUGUCGACAAGAGCGUUGAGGCGCAAGGGGCCCUCUCACUGAUCGAGCGACCGAGCGCGAGGCAGAGGCAGCAGCAUCUCGAGAAACCUUGAAGGAGAAUCGGAGCGAGAGGGGUGGUGCGCAAUCGGAGCGAUGGGCGGGGGAGAGAUGGUGGCGACGCAGGAGGAGAUGGUGAACGCGCGAGUGCCGAUCAGCUCGCGGGAUCUGUGCGCGCAUCUGCUCAUUCCGCUCAAUAAGUGCCGAAGCAGCACCUACUACCUGCCCUGGAAGUGCGAGGAUCAGCGCCACUCGUACGAGAAAUGUGAGUACGAGCUGUUUCUGGUGCGCAUGCACAAGAUGAAGGAGAUCCGGGAAGGUCAUCUUCGCCCCCAACAUGCUGGUUAGGGCUGCCGACCCCCGCUGUAUCUGCACAUACACGGCAAUCUCUCAGGAUUGAUUUGGUAAAUUUUAAAGCGAGAGGUGCGAACUCCAGUUAUAGCUUGGUCAGCUUACUCUGGAGUCGACGAAGGGUGAAUUGCAAUCUCGAGGUUUCUCCAAUUGGGUGAGGUCUGCGAGUGACGGUAGACGCAUAUGGACAGCAGGCAGGGAUCACAGAGAGGAAAUGAAUUGGAGAUAAAGACGGAGAGUGAGUCAUAAAUUUUUUUGCAAUAAUCAGGGCACUUGAUUGCACCUCGGGCCCAAAUUCUGUCCAUGUUGUAGACCCAAGAAGGUCAUAUAUGGUAUUAAAAUGCAACAAACAGAAACGAUGUUGAUGUGCGAGUGGGUUUUGUCACCAUGAUUUGUGUGCAGUCGAUGCAGUCAUUUUAUCAGAGUUGAUCACGUCAGUGCCACAGGAGAAUUCAUGGCAGCAACGAAGAUAUUCUCAUCUGAGAGAACGUUAGGCUACAUCUGAGCCUGAUUGCUGCUUUGCGCUGCUGUAUGGAAUUCUGAUUUUCUUCAUGUCCAUCGAAAAUCAAGGGAAGGGUUUCUUUCUUAUUACUUAGGCCUCACAAGUAUCAUGGUAUCAAAUAAAACUGAGUCCCGUAGGCAACACCAUUUUGUAUUGAAUAGUUUUGAGUCCCUUAGGCAACACCAAUUUUUCAUAUUUGGGGAUGUGAACUACAAGAAAUAUGUUUGCCACCAACUAGCGUCAGAUGUUCUGGGGAGAAAGAGAACCUUUUGUAGAUUUUCAGCAAACCCAGCCCAGUAGCGGGCACAUGCUCGUUAUCUCCUGCUACCAAUCUUGACCUAUUCCUUUCAUAGGUGUCAUCUGACUAUGAAGGCUCCAGUCUUGGAAAUUACACAACGGAUCUCUUCAAUGUAUUCUUGAUAGGAUGGUUGGAUGAUUACCUUGUGCCCCAUGAGACCUGGAGAAUUGGAGUUUUUAGAUUCCAGACUACACGCUGACAAUGGGUGGGUAUUAGAGAAGUCCACCUAUUCAAGGAAUCAG